AUUAGGUUUUCUCAAUGCAAAUUGAGCAGCUAGCAUCUUUCUUUCCUCCUCUCUACUACCAUGUCUGCACCCAUCGCGUUGCUAUCGGUCUAUAACAAGACUAACCUGCUUGAGUUGGCGACCGGGCUGCACAGUGCGGGUGUUAGGCUCCUGGGUUCCGGAGGGACCGCGAAGAAAAUUAGGGAGGCAGGGAUUCCUAUUGAGGAUGUCUCUGACAUCACCAAGGCUCCCGAGAUGCUCGGAGGCAGAGUGAAAACUCUCCAUCCUGCCGUCCACGGUGGUAUUCUCGCUCGAUCUAUUCCAUCUGAUGAGCAGGACCUCAAGGCCCAGUCUAUUGCUCCUAUCUCAAUCGUCGUUUGCAACCUUUACCCGUUCACUGAGACAAUCUCAAAGCCCGGCUGCACCAUCGCCCAGGCAGUCGAGGAGGUUGACAUUGGUGGUGUUACCCUUCUCCGUGCAGCUGCUAAGAACCAUGAGCGUGUCUCUGUUCUCUCCGAUCCUGCCGAUUACAAUGAAUUCCUCGAAUCAUGGAAGAACGGUCAAGGAGAUGUAGGACAAGCGAUUCGUUCCAAAUUGGCUUUGAAAGCAUUUGAGAUGACCGCGAAGUAUGAUGCUGCAAUCAGUGGAUACUUCAGGGAACAGUAUGCCUCCUCUGAUUUGCCCAAGGAGAAGUUGGCUGCCCCCGUACAGAGGAUGCCUCUUCGAUAUGGUGCCAACCCUCACCAAAAGCCUGCUCAGGCAUAUGUUACGGAAGGAGAACUUCCUUUCAAAGCUCUCUGCGGAUCUCCCGGCUACAUCAACCUUUUGGAUGCUUUGAACUCCUGGGGACUUGUGAAGGAACUUCAGGAAGCUCUCAAUCUCCCUGCCGCAGCUUCAUUCAAGCAUGUCUCCCCUGCGGGUGCCGCUGUCGGACAAGAGUUGAACGAAGUUGAGAAGAAGGUUUAUGGUGUCGACGACUUGAAGGAGCCUUUGACUCCCCUGGCUUCCGCCUAUGCUCGUGCUCGAGGUGCCGACCGUAUGUCCUCGUUCGGAGACUUCAUUGCACUUUCAGCACCUUGCGACCUUGCGACCGCUAAAAUCAUCUCUCGCGAGGUGUCUGACGGUAUCAUCGCUCCUGGGUACUCAUCAGAGGCUCUUGAUGUCCUCAGCAAGAAGAAGGGCGGCAAAUAUUGCGUACUUCAAAUCGACCCCAACUAUACCCCUGCGGAACUGGAGACCCGUCAAGUGUACGGUAUCCACCUUCAGCAAAGACGUAACGAUGCCAAGAUCGAUGCGACCUUGUUCAACAACAUCGUCACCAAAAACAAGGAGCUUCCAACUCAAGCUCUUACUGACUUGAUUGUCGCAACUCUCGCCCUCAAGUAUACCCAAUCUAACAGCGUUGCUUACGCCUACCGAGGCGCCAUCGUCGGUAUUGGCGCAGGCCAGCAAUCUCGUAUUCACUGUACCCGUUUGGCAGGCACAAAGGCCGAUCUCUGGUGGCUCCGUCACCACCCUCGUGUCCUCGAGCUGCCCUUCAAGAAGGGUGUGAAGCGCGCAGAAAAGGCUAAUGCCAUUGACCUCUACGUCUCUGGAGAAGUCCUCGAAGGUGGUGAACGUGCACACUGGGAGAGUCUCUUCGAGACUGUUCCUACCCCUUUGACUACUGAAGAGAAGGCCGCUCAUGCUAAGCAGUUGGACGGUGUUGCUUGCUCGAGUGAUGCGUUCUUCCCUUUCCCUGAUAAUGUUCAUCGCGCGAGGAGGAGUGGAGUUAAGUAUCUUGCUGCCCCAAGUGGGAGUGUUAUGGAUGCGGAAUGUAUCAAGGCUGCUGAUGAGCAUGAUAUUGUAUUCGCACAUACGUCGUUGAGGUUGUUCCAUCACUAGGUUUCUUGGUUGUGGGAUUAAAACAGACUAUGUAGCAAGUAGUGUGAAAAGUCAAUGCUAAGGGAAAUUCUAAGUAUCAUUUUACUGGAUGCAUAUGGAAUACAGUAGUUUGCUCCCCUUUAAAUAAGACGACAGCGACGGUGUCGGAGUGCAGCCACUGCCAACCACAGAGCAUACUCUUUUGGGCUCAGUCUCCCUACACUUUCACGACGACUUACUGGGCCCAACAACGCUCGUU